CGAUCCGCAAACUGUGUUAGGAUUGGAUGGAGGCAAGUCAGGGCUCAGAUUCCUCGGCAUAGCAGCAGUGCAUAUAGUUUAGCUCCACAAAAUAUUUAACGCAAGCUAUGCAGUCAUAUACCAUUUUAGUAGAAGUCCGUUAAACGUUGAUAUUGUCGGAUUCUCGGUUGCUCCUUUUUACAACAAGGCAACCCUGUUUUCUUAAGUCAUAUAGCUCGUAUUUUUAACGUGAGUCACUUAAAGCGUGCUGGCCUGUUAACUAGCGUUUGCUGGCUACUUACCCUACUUACCGUGUAUACUGUGGCUUACUGUACAGCUGUCACUCCACGUUGAUGAAAUUGCAAGUUAAAAAUAGAAUUUGAAAACGAAAAGCCAUGCUCCAAUUUGUCAGAAACCAAGCCAGGGGGUUAAGGGGCUGGCUGUGUAGGCAGCAGAGGUCUCACCACCACAGGGCUGUGCUGGCCAUCCGCCGUGAGGAUGUCAACGUAUGGGAGAGGCGUGCACCCCUUGGCCCUCGACAUGUAAAGGAGAUCAAUGCAGCUGGCCACAAAGUCCUGGUUCAACCCUCGAACAGGAGAGCCAUCCAUGACAGAUUCUAUGAGAAAGCAGGAGCCAUCAUACAGGAGGACAUCUCAGAAGCCUCUCUCAUCAUCGGUGUAAAGAGGCCCCCGGAAGAAAAGGUCAUUCCAUGUAAAACCUACGCAUUCUUCUCCCACACCAUCAAAGCACAGGAGGCUAACAUGGGCCUUCUAGAUGAUAUACUCAAAAAGGAAGUGCGACUGAUUGAUUAUGAGAAAAUGGUGGACGACAAUGGGUUCAGAAUUGUAGCAUUUGGACAGUGGGCUGGUGUUGCAGGAAUGAUUAAUAUUUUACAUGGUUUGGGCCUACGUUUCCUAGCCCUCGGACACCACACUCCUUUUAUGCAUAUUGGCAUGGCACACAAUUACAGGAAUGUCAGUCAAGCCAUCCAAGCAGUAAGGGAUUGCGGGUAUGAAAUAUCACUAGGCCUGAUGCCUAAGUCUAUUGGUCCACUGACGUUUGUAUUCACUGGCACUGGCAAUGUAUCUAAGGGUGCACAAGAUAUUUUUAAUGAGCUUCCAUGUGAAUAUGUGGAGCCACAUGAACUUAAAGAAGUCUCUGAGUCAGGAGACCUGAGCAAAGUGUAUGGCACAGUGAUCAGCAGACAUCACCAUCUCGUUCGAAAGAGUGAUGGGCUGUAUGAUCCUUUGGAGUAUGAGCACCACCCUGAGCGCUACACCUCUCAUUUCAGAUCCAGCGUGGCACCUUAUACAACCUGCUUGAUAAAUGGCAUCUACUGGGAACCUCACACUCCUAGGCUGCUAAAGCGACUGGAUGCACAGAAGCUUAUGAGAUCCUCCAACCCUUCGGUCUCAGCCACUGAAGGCUGGCCAGCGCUGCCACACAAGCUUUUAGCAAUCUGUGACAUUUCUGCAGACACGGGGGGCUCUAUUGAGUUUAUGACUGAGUGCACCACCAUUGAGAAGCCCUUCUGUAUGUAUGAUGCUAACCAGCACAUAGAUCAUGACAGUGUGGAAGGAAAUGGCAUUCUCAUGUGCUCCAUUGAUAACCUUCCUGCUCAACUUCCCAUUGAGGCUACAGACUAUUUUGGUGACCGCUUGCUCCCUUACAUCUGGGAAAUGCUUACAUCAGAUGCAACCAGACCACUGGAUGAGGAAGGUUUCUCUCCUCAAGUUAGAGAUGCUGUAAUAACGUCCAGUGGGAAGUUGACUCCCAAGUUUGAGUACAUUGAGAAGCUGAGAGAGAGGAGGGAGUCUGAGCAGAUCCUGCAGAAGGGAGGAAUGAAGCGUGUCCUGCUGUUAGGCUCUGGCUAUGUGUCUGGGCCAGUCAUUGAGUAUCUCACCAGGGAUGCCCACACCCAAGUCACAGUGGCAUCAGUGCUUUUACGCCAGGCUGAGGAACUGGCUGUCAAAUACCCCAACACCAUACCUGUGAUGCUUGAUGUCACCAGCCAGAAGGGCCAUCUUGAGUCUCUGGUCAAGGACCAUGACCUUGUCAUCAGCAUGCUGCCAUAUAGCCUACAUCCUUUGGUGGCUAAGCAUUGCAUCAAUAAGAAGGUGAACCUGGUGACUGCCAGCUACGUGAGUCCAGAGAUGGAAGCGCUUCGGGACAGUACUGAGGAGGCUGGCAUCACCAUAUUAAAUGAGAUAGGCUUAGACCCUGGCAUUGAUCACAUGUUGGCCAUGGAGUGCAUCGACCAGGCCAAGGCAGACGGUUGCACUGUGGAGUUGUACAGCUCUUUCUGCGGUGGGCUUCCUGCACCAGAGUGUUCUGACAAUCCACUGCGUUACAAAAUCAGCUGGAAUCCAUAUGGAGUAUUUCUUAAUACAAUCAGUUCUGCCAUGUAUCUCAAAGACAAUCAGGUGAUAAGUAUUCCUCACGGUGGUUCUCUCAUGGAAGCUGCAGUGCCCAUGGACUUCCUGCCAGGAUUUAAUUUGGAAGGCUAUCCCAACCGCGACAGUACCAAGUAUGCUGAGAUUUAUGACAUUGAGUCUGCACACACGGUGAUCAGAGGGACAUUACGCUUCAAGGGCUUCUCCAGCGCGAUGAGUGGCUUUGUAAAACUUGGACUGAUUAACACAGACCCUUGCCCAAUGCUGGAACAGGCAGGCAGUCCUGUCUCCUGGAAACAGCUCCUGUGUAAACAGAUUGGCUUGUCCUCUUCUGUUAGUGAUGACUCCUUUCAGGAAGCAGUGUUCAACCAGAUAGGGAGAGAUGAAUUCAGGAUGCAGACUCUCAAAUGGUUUGGAAUGCUGAGUGAGGAACCCAUGCCUCAUGCUGACACCAUCCUGGCAGCACUUGCUAAACACAUGGAGACAAAGCUCUCCUUUGAUAAGGGUGAGAGAGACAUGAUCAUCUUGAGGAAUGAUGUUGGCAUCAGGCACCCCACAGGCGAGCUUGAGACAAAGCACAUCAGCCUUGUGGUCUAUGGAGACCGCAACGGCUUCUCAGCCAUGGCAAAAACAGUGGGCUACCCUGCUGCUAUUGCAGCUCGUAUGUUGCUCAAUGGUGAGCUGAACACUAAAGGACUUGUGUUACCAAUGACAAAGAAUAUCUAUGGCCCUGUUCUGAGAAGACUUCAGGAGGAAGGCCUUCAGUUCAUCACCAAAAGUACUAUAACAGAGUAGCCUGUUUGAGUCACAGAUGUGUAGAAAAUAAUUUGAUAAUACUCUAAAGAAAACUGAAAUUGUUCUUAAAACAUAUUUUCUUACACAUUAUUUUUUAUUUUAUGUAACGGAUGUUGUAAAAAUUCAGAUCCAUAUUUGACAGAUAUGAUGUCUGAUGAUGAAGUUAUCGACGGUUAGAGAAUUUUAAAAAAUGUUUGAGGUUUUGGCUUUUUCAUAAAAGUAUGUAAAGUGGGUGAUUAAAUGAUUAAACAGUACCUCUGCCAUUCAACAUUACCUGAGGUUACUCUCAAGAGUGCAUAGGAAACGGAGGUCACGUGUGCCUUUUCUGUGGAAUGUUUUGAGUUUCUCUUUUUGCGGUAUACAAAAGUAACCACAUUGCUAAUCAAAACUUUAACAAUUAGAUAUGUAUUAAUGCAACAUUUGUGCCUUAAAUGCAAAUUAAAUUUGUCAUGUCAACUUGACAUGUAAA